UAAUUUUUUGCAUUAUUGCAUUGUUGCAUUUUUUGGAUUUUCGGUUCCAUGCCCUCAUCUAAAAGCCUCUACAGAUUUUUUGCAAACACCCAACAGUUCAAACUGUCAGACGAUUGUUGAUGUUUGUAGUCCCGCAUAAUUCUACACACUGCGCGAUUUGGAAAAGUUUAGUAUUUCUGCAAUAAAAAGAAAAUACCUUAAUAAUAUAAGUGAAAAUUCCAUUACUUGAGUAACAAAACUGAGUGAGAACAUGUAUCUGCACGACUAUUUAAAUAAGAUAAUGCGUGUGUGGAAUGCGUACGAGGGCCAGGCAGUGGCUCGGUUUCUGUCGCUCCAAGAUAUCCACGUUAACGACCCGAACCUGUACAAGGAAAAUCCGGAUGCCGCCGUUAGCCGGCAGUUACCUACUCCGCUGGAUGAAAUCGUUUCUGCCCACCUGAAAGCCGUCUACCAUCUAAUGCGUUCCGAAGCGCCAAACUACACCGAAGCGUACCGUCACCAAACGAGCUGCAUCCAGGCGGUCGUGAAGCUGUUGCAACAGAUGAAGGAAGAAAAUUGGAUCCUCCCGAUUAUGUACGUCGUUUCGAUCGAUUUACGGCUAUUGGCGACUAAGUGUGAACAGCAAACGAAUUUCUCCAAGUGUGGAGAAAUCUUGGAAAAGGCCGCUGAAAGUCUUAUGUCGUGCUUUCGUGUAUGUGCCGGCGAUACGCGGUCGUCAGACGAAGACACCAAGCGACUCGGGAUGCUGAAUCUGGUCAACCAGUUGCUGAAGGUGUACUUUCGCAUUAACAAGCUGCACCUGUGCAAACCGCUCAUCCGUGCGAUCGAUAGUUCGAACUUUAAAGACAGCUUUUCUCUAGCGCAACGCAUCACGUACAAAUACUUUGCCGGCCGGAAAGCGAUGUACGAUUCGGAUUUUAAAAAUGCGGAAGAAUAUCUCAGCUUUGCAUUCGACAACUGUCCGCGAAGGUUUACGAAAAACAAGCGGCUUAUACUGAUCUAUCUCACCCCGGUCAAGAUGCUGCUUGGGUAUAUGCCCCGGAAAGAGGUACUCGAACGUUACAAUGUGCUACAGUUCCACGAUCUGGCUUCAGCUGUAAAGGAAGGAAACGUGCGAAGGUUCGACGAAGCGAUCCGCCGGCACGAAAUGUUCUUCAUAAAUGCGGGCGUGUAUUUAAUCGUGGAGAAGAUGAAGAUACUCACGUACCGAAACCUGUUCAAGAAGGUACACCAAACACUGCAAACGCAUCAGAUCGAUAUGAACGCGUUCCAGACGGCGCUACAAUUUUCCGGCGUGGAGGAUGUUUCCAUGGACGAGACGCACUGUAUCGUGGCAAACUUGAUAUACGAAGGGCGCAUCAAGGGAUACAUUAGCUACCAACACAACAAGCUCGUCAUAUCAAAGCAGAACGCAUUCCCGAGUGUGGUGGCCGCUUGAUCCAGGGAGGAGGACGUUUUCGGCGCGAUGCCAAACAUUAUACAAACAUGAAGCAUUUAAUAUACGAGAAUACAUGUCUCCUCGUGACACACAGAAACCGUAAGCGUGGGAAACGUAUCCGCUUACAGGUUGUUGUUACG